AUAAAUCAGUGUUUAUUUUUAGUGAGCGCUCCUCCCAUGAAUUUCGGAAAAAUUUGUAAAUAUAAGUGUGAACUUUGCGUGUAACCACGUUCCAUGUCAAGCUCGUUAAUGAAAGGUUCGUUUAUCUGCAGGCUCGAGAAAUGUUAGAAUAAUUUAAGGCAUCUAGAGUCCCGAGAAACUUGAAAAAGGGUAUACAUUAUCGCGAGGUAGUAACCAGUGAAGCUUGAGAAAGAGCAGAGAGGGUGAGUGAGUGAUGAAGAGAGAGAGGAACGGGUUGAUGAAUAGGAGAGAAUAAGAGAGAAAGAUAAUAUCGUGGAAGGAAGAGGGAAAGAAACAGAGAGGACUCUGAGCACGAAAAGCUUUCACGAAGCUACGGCCAUAUAAUAGUCUCUUGACACCUCUUGCCCGCGACAGAUUAAUAUUCUGCUUUGAAAAGUUCAACUAACUUCAAAAAGUCUCGACGAUAAUCUCACUGAGAAUCUCAGACAAACUAAGUUUCAAUAGACAGCGGCGGCAUCGGCUGUGCCGAGUGUUUAUAUGAGACUCUUAUAUUGAAAAGAAUUUUUCGAGGUCUACUACAAGAUUUCUCUUGUCGAACAGUAUGCAGCAGCGCAACACCUUGGAUCAGCUUUCGAGAGUGGGUUAAAUCAAAAAGAGAUAUACAGUCUACAGGAGGCCAAGAGGACGUGAUAAUUUUCUUAGUACUCUCGUACGCACGUACACAUCGUUUCGACUUGGAAAAACAUGAUGUCGGAACAGUAAACGUUUCAGUGCUCACGAGAUUACCAACUGAAAAGUGUUGGUUGUUAAGAAAGCGCUGAACCAUAAGAAUUUUUAGAUAAUUCGUUAGCAAGACGAUAUUUUGCUUCCGUCUUCUUUGUUUGAAGCUGCGGAUUCUUCUGCCUCUUCUCUUUAAUUUUCAUCCUUUCUCGUCACGGUGACUCGAUUACGUGUUUUUCGGGAUUCUCGUACGAUGCACGUCGCCUGCAAGUGUCUCAAUGUCUUCAUCAAAUGCAGGGAUAAUGAACUGCGGAGGGUCAACCUCGAGGAUCUCGAACUGACUGCCUUGGAACGCGCUGACACCUUUUUUCGCGAGAAUGUGGCGAGUGUAUCAGUCUUGGAUGGUAUUACUAAACAGCAAUCAAGUUUGCUGGAAGUUCGAAAUGUUGGGGCAUGGGUAGUCCACCGUUGUUACAACUGUUCAACGCAUACCCAUGCCAUACAUAAAGAGUAUGGUGCUGGGAUGGUUCUUAUUAACACCAAUCUCAUUGUUUCACCUGAUGAAAUUGAGAAAUUACGAGCCAGUCCUGAUUACAGCGCGGUUUUCAAGAUAGUAAUCAAUCAUAGUGCUCUGGCCGAUGUGGAUCUUCUUCAGGCAUCUACAAAAUUUUCCGUAUCCCAGCUAUCAAACAGCCAGCAGUUGGCACUGGGAAGUCUUCAGCAGCAACUUGAGGAAGCUGUUCAGCGUGAGGCUGCUGCCGUCGAGGAGAAGAUUAGAGCUUUUACGGCAAAACAAUAUCAACUUCUGGAACAAUUUCGUGAGAGAGCCCAUACCGAGCAUAGACUGUUGGCAAGAUUAAUUUGCAACAACGAAAAUUCGGCGAAAUCUACAAAUGAUCUGGAAACUCCUCCUGCCACUCCGGAAGGCUUUAAAGAAACUGUAACCAGCUCAAUGGGCAAUACAAUUAAUAACACAAGAGCACAUCUAGUGUCAAACGACACGAAAUUCAUUACCGGCGCUAAUAUCAGGCACCAAGCUGCUACCAAGCACCCAGCUAGUCUCCAUAUUAAUGGAAGCAUCGACAGAAGGGAACCAUUAAAGGUCUUCUCCAGGGAGCCAAGUAGCUUGGAUGCAGAAGCUUUGUUCCCUCUUGAAGGAAUGGAUGACACUUUACCCUGCGAGCAGCUUCACCAGUCGGAUGAAGAGUCUGAUACUGAUGAUUCCGGACAUGAUGAGGGUAUUCAUAUACCUAGAGGACAACGGGGAGGCCAUCCUACUCUUGCCAAAUCACUGCCCGUUAGCGUACCUGCUUUCCCGUCUUACGUUCGGCGAAAUAUGCAGGAUCAGGACGACGAUCGGCUGUCAAGAGAUCCACUCGAUCCUCACAAUAUUCGCGCUUCGAUCAAAGCCCUCGCUAAAAGCGUGCAUGGCGAUACCGUAUUCGGCGAUCUACCACGUCCUCGCUUCUCCACCCAGAUUUGACUUGAUGGCUGUCGUGAUCCGUACAGCCAAUACGCAGAAUCCCAUCCUUUGGACCUAGACCAAGAUGCCCCUUAGCCGUUUCUCAUCUUUAAUUGGUUAUCGUGCGGUGGAUGAAUCACUCAAACAAUGGUGGAUCUUUUAAGACGGCGCAAAAGGGUAAUGGGAUCUUAUGCAUAUUUCGUAGGAUAUGUAAGAUUAUGCCUUACUUUGGAUCCUAGUUUUGUAGUUGUAUAAGACGAAGAAGAAGCUUUAAAAAAGAAUUAAAACAAAAAAAAAAGGUAAGCCUCGUCGUUCAGCUAACAAGCUGGCUAGAACCGAGGCUAGGUUUUAUAGGUGUUAUCGCAAGAAAAGUGAGAAAAGUUAUAUUAAAAAAAAAAAAGAAUAACAAGGAGAUUAAUGAAGAGUAAAGACAAAAUGAAAGUCAGGAGGAUUAAACCGAAGAAUCGAUGACUACAAAGUAUAUUAUAUAUUAAUUAACGAAUGCGUGGUGCAUUGUUAGUGCGUUAGAGAGCCAUCGGUACUGAUUAAAUAAGAAUGGCAUUACGAAAUGUACUGAACCAUUUUCUAGACACAAAUCCGUGAUUCCACUAAGUCUUUUCGACAACUCAAGCUCAUACUGUGUACUCUGUAUGUUGAUGGAUACAAUAACAUAAAUAAUUGUAACGGA